UAAAUAUGAAAGUAAAAACAAGCGAUGGUUCGCAGCAAUGAAGCUUGAGGAACUUGCCUGUUAGUCUUCUUCAGUAGAGGCCAUCCUUGGGCUGGGGACCCACGCUCUGAGAGAGGCGGGGCUGUCGAUUAAAUAGCCGAAGAAAUCAAGUCACUUGUUUGCCUCUCACUACAACCCGGGACCCGCGCCUGCUUACUUUGCAGGUUUUUUUCCUUCGGCUUCAAGUUUCUAAGGCGAUGGGCAAUGCAAGUUCGACCAGCUGAAGUCCAGCUUGGCCAAGCAGCUGAGGUGCAGCCUCAGAAAAAUAACCGUUACGGCUUUCUGCUCGGGUGGCGACGCGCCUGCCCACCCACCUGGGCGCGGGAGUGUCGCGCGGGUCCUCGGUUUGAGAUCAGCGGGGUGGGCACCUCAGACAGCGUCUCGCAUGCAAAUGAGCAGCCUCGGGCAGAGGCUACCGCGGCCCACUCCCACCCCCCCCCCCCUCCGCACCACGUCCCUUGUCUUGCCAGGACAACACUCCGUACACCGGCCCAGCCCUCUACUUCGCGCGCUGGGAAAAGAGCGCGGCGGUUAAAACCGUUACCACCCCCUAGUUUUGAACCGGUUCAAACUUGGCUUUCAGCCCCCACCCCUCGGCCCCUCCCCCUCCAGCCCCGGGAACUCCAAGGCGGCGGUUCCCGCCAAGAACAGCGAACGCGUUGUCCCGCCUCCGGCCGGGUACCCGCCCCCCUCCCGCUCCCUCCCGCCCCCCUUCCAAGCUCCUAGCUCGCGGGCUGGGCUUCUGGCUUCCAUACAACUCCCUACAUCGUGGCCUGCCUGCCCACCGUCUUCUUGAGAGGCGCCGUGUGUCUGAUGAAAGAACAAAGAGAAGGCGGCUCCGGCACUUGCACACCGAAAACCAGCGUCUCUCAGACUGAGCCCUACACCAGUGCGCGCACGCGCCGGCCCGCGCCCGGGUGUAAGUCCUCAAUGUGCCUCUGUGCGUGGGUCUCUCCUCGGCGCCUCCGAGCUCGGCUGCCCUUGUGAUUGGACGAGAGCCUGCCUCUCAUCCCGCCAAUCGGGGCGGCGCUUGAUUGUAGUGGGGGGGCCAAAUAAAAGCGAUGGCGAUUGGGCUGUCGGGUUUGGCGCUCGGUCCGGUAGCGUCCGACACCCGCUGGGACACUGAAGGCAGUGGAGAACCGGCAGCCGCUGUGGCGCGCGGGAGCGGCGCGCGGGAGCAGCGCGGGCUGGGGCGAAGGACGAAGAAUAAUCAUGGGCCAGACUGGGAAGAAAUCUGAGAAGGGACCAGUUUGUUGGCGGAAACGUGUAAAAUCAGAGUACAUGCGACUGAGACAGCUCAAGAGGUUCAGAAGAGCUGAUGAAGUAAAGAGUAUGUUUAGUUCCAAUCGCCAGAAAAUUUUGGAAAGAACAGAAAUCUUAAACCAAGAAUGGAAACAGCGAAGGAUACAGCCCGUGCACAUCAUGACUUCUGUGAGCUCAUUGCGCGGGACUAGGGAGUGUUCGGUGACCAGUGACUUGGAUUUUCCAACACAAGUAAUUCCAUUAAAGACUCUGAAUGCCGUUGCCUCAGUACCUAUAAUGUAUUCUUGGUCUCCCCUACAGCAGAAUUUUAUGGUGGAAGAUGAAACUGUUUUGCAUAACAUUCCUUAUAUGGGGGAUGAAGUUUUAGAUCAGGAUGGGACUUUCAUUGAAGAACUAAUAAAAAAUUAUGAUGGAAAAGUACAUGGGGAUAGAGAAUGUGGGUUCAUAAAUGAUGAAAUUUUUGUGGAGUUGGUAAAUGCUCUUGGUCAAUACAAUGAUGAUGAUGAUGAUGAUGAUGAUGGAGAUGAUCCUGAUGAAAGAGAAGAAAAACAAAAAGAUCUAGAGGAUAACCGAGAUGAUAAAGAAAGCCGUCCACCUCGGAGAUUUCCUUCUGAUAAAAUUUUUGAAGCCAUUUCCUCAAUGUUUCCAGAUAAGGGCACAGCAGAAGAACUAAAGGAAAAGUAUAAAGAACUCACCGAGCAGCAGCUUCCAGGUGCACUUCCUCCUGAAUGUACCCCAAACAUAGAUGGACCAAAUGCUAAAUCUGUUCAGAGGGAGCAAAGCUUACAUUCAUUUCAUACGCUUUUCUGUAGGCGAUGUUUUAAAUAUGACUGCUUCCUACAUCCUUUUCAUGCAACACCUAACACUUAUAAGCGAAAAAACACAGAAACAGCCCUAGACAACAAGCCUUGUGGACCACAGUGUUACCAGCACUUGGAGGGAGCAAAGGAAUUUGCUGCUGCCCUCACUGCUGAGAGGAUAAAGACUCCACCGAAACGGCCAGGAGGCCGUAGAAGAGGAAGGCUUCCCAACAACAGCAGCAGACCCAGCACACCUACCAUUAAUGUCUUGGAAUCAAAGGACACAGACAGUGAUAGGGAAGCAGGGACUGAAACAGGUGGAGAGAACAAUGAUAAAGAGGAAGAAGAGAAAAAAGAUGAAACUUCCAGCUCUUCUGAGGCAAAUUCUCGGUGUCAAACACCAAUAAAGAUGAAGCCAAAUAUUGAACCUCCUGAGAAUGUGGAAUGGAGUGGUGCUGAAGCCUCAAUGUUCAGAGUUCUCAUUGGCACUUAUUACGACAAUUUCUGUGCCAUUGCUAGGUUAAUUGGAACCAAAACAUGUAGACAGGUGUAUGAGUUUAGAGUCAAAGAAUCUAGUAUCAUAGCUCCAGUUCCUGCCGAGGAUGUUGAUACUCCUCCAAGAAAGAAGAAAAGGAAACACCGGUUGUGGGCUGCACAUUGCAGAAAGAUACAACUGAAAAAAGAUGGCUCCUCUAACCAUGUUUACAACUAUCAACCCUGUGAUCAUCCACGACAACCUUGUGACAGUUCGUGCCCUUGUGUGAUAGCACAGAAUUUUUGUGAAAAGUUUUGUCAGUGUAGUUCUGAGUGUCAAAACCGCUUUCCUGGAUGCCGUUGCAAAGCACAGUGUAACACUAAGCAGUGCCCGUGCUAUCUGGCUGUUCGAGAGUGUGAUCCUGACCUCUGUCUUACUUGUGGAGCUGCUGAUCACUGGGACAGCAAAAAUGUGUCCUGCAAGAACUGUAGCAUUCAGAGGGGUUCCAAAAAGCAUUUAUUGCUGGCACCAUCAGAUGUGGCAGGCUGGGGGAUUUUCAUCAAAGAUCCUGUACAGAAAAAUGAAUUCAUUUCUGAAUACUGUGGAGAGAUUAUUUCUCAAGAUGAAGCAGACAGAAGAGGGAAAGUGUAUGAUAAAUACAUGUGCAGCUUUCUAUUCAACUUGAAUAAUGAUUUUGUUGUGGACGCAACCCGCAAGGGUAACAAAAUUCGUUUUGCAAAUCAUUCAGUAAAUCCAAACUGCUAUGCAAAAGUUAUGAUGGUUAAUGGCGAUCACAGGAUAGGCAUUUUUGCUAAGAGAGCUAUCCAGACUGGUGAAGAGCUGUUUUUUGAUUACAGAUACAGCCAGGCUGAUGCCCUGAAGUAUGUGGGCAUUGAACGAGAAAUGGAAAUCCCUUGACAUCUGCUACCUCUUCCUCCCCCUCCUCCUCUGAAACAGCUGCCUUAGCUUCAGGAACCUCUAGUACUGUGGGCAAUUAAAAUUAAAUGCAGUCUGAAAUUCUGAAUUUGCAAAGUACUGUAAGAAUAAUUUAUAGUAAUGAGUUUAAAAAUCAACUUUUUAUUGCCUUCUCACCAGCUACAAAGUGUUUUGUACCAGUGAAGUUUUGCAGUAAUGCAGUAUGGUACAUUUUUCAACUUUGAAUAAAGAAUACUUGAAUUUC